CUAAUUUGAAUCUAAAACCUGCAUUCCUGAUUGAUAAGAACAUUUAAAUUAAAACAUUUGAAUACAACCCUGCAUCGGUUGUCAAAAUAAAAACUAAAAUUGACAGUUUGAUUGAAGUGAAACUUUGGUGUGGUUUCGCAUUUCGAUUGGCAUCUGAGAUAUAUAUUAAAGAAUUGUUUAGUUUUAUAUAUUAAUUAUUUGAAAAUGGAUAAAGGUAGUGCUGCAUUGUUCAAAAAAUUACAAUCUGAACUAGAGACUUUUCAAAAUCUACGUAAAACUUGCGUAAAGUUGGUAAAACAGCGCACAUUGUUGGAAAGUCAACUCAAUGAAAACAAAUGUGUGAUAGAUGAACUAAAUCUGUUGGGCCCGGACAAUAAGGUUUAUAAAUUAUAUGGUCCUGUGUUAGUAAAACAAGAUUUGGAAGAAUCCCGACAAAACGUAGCUAAACGUAUAGAAUACAUUUCGAAAGAAUUGAAAGGAUCUAAUGACACACUUGAUAAUAUGGAGAAGGAUAUGGCUAAGCACCGUGAAACAAUAGAAAAAUUACAGCAACAAUAUCAGUUGCAAGCAGCUAUGAAAUAAAAUUGGAACCAAGCGCAAAAUAAGAUAUUUAUAAAA